UCUUGUCCUAUUAAAACUCGUUUCCCUCAAUGUUAUGUUAUAAAAUACCUCUCACAUUUUCCUUCUUUUUUACGUUUAUCUUCAAAACUGAUUACUAUUACUAAUUUCGUGUUUGCUUUUGCGUCGUGUUCUUCAGAAAUUUGCAAUACAACAGCUCAAGUAAAGAUGGAAGCAGCUGCUACUGUUCUUCGAUUGCCAUUAAGACCUUCAACUUCAGUUUCAAAUGGCAGCAAUUUAAUUCGUUUUGCCUCUAAUUAUCGGUUAAGUAAGUCUACCUCUCCAUAUCAUGUAAAGCUCAGGGUUGGAAAAUUGUCCUUUAGGAACAGAAAGGCUCUUGUAGUUCGAGCAUCUAAUUCUUCCAAUUCUUUUGACUCUAAUGGACCCAUCGCUCCCCUUCAGCUAGAGUCUCCAGUUGGGCAGUUUCUGUCCCAAAUUUUAGUCAGCCAUCCACACCUCGUCCCUGCUGCAGUUGACCAGCAACUUGAGCAGUUGCAGACUGAUUGUGAAGCCGAAAAACAGAAGGAAGAGCCAUCUGCUUCAAGCUCUGAUCUUGUACUAUACAGGAGGAUAGCAGAGGUUAAGGCGAAUGAAAGGAGAAAAGCUUUGGAAGAGAUUUUAUACACUUUGGUGGUGCAAAAAUUCGUGGAUGCUAAUAUUUCACUGAUCCCCUCUAUUACUCCAUCUGCAGCUGAUCCUUCAGGUCGUGUGGAUGUGUGGCCUAGUCCAGAUGGGAAGCUAAAAGAAGUGCACUCUCCUGAAGCGUAUGAGAUGAUCCAGCAUCAUCUCGCUCUUAUACUUGGUAACCGGUUGGAAGAUUCAAGCUCAGUAGCACAGAUCAGCAAGCUCAGAAUUGGGCAGGUAUAUGCAGCGUCAGUGAUGUUUGGUUACUUUCUCAAGCGCAUAGACCAGAGGUUUCAGCUUGAGAAGGCCAUUAAGAUCCUUCCUGAGCAGAUAGAUGGAAGAGAAAAUGAAGUUACUAUGGAAAAUGGGGUACACAUGGAUGUUGAGGACUCUGCUUCAUUCCAUCAUGAUCAGGCGCAAUUGCAUCCUGAAAUUUCAUCUUGGGCUGGUGGUAUUGGUCCAGGGGGAUUUGACCAAGGGAUAAAACCCUCUCGUCUAAGAAGCUAUGUCAUGGCAUUCGAUGCAGAAACACUCACAAGAUAUGCCACUAUUCGAUCCAAGGAGGCUGUUUCAAUUAUUGAAAAGCACACUGAAGCUUUGUUUGGGAAACCAGAGAUAGUCAUGACACCUCAGGGAACUAUAGAUUCAUCUAGUGAGGAGUUCAUCAAGAUUGGAUUUGGUGGUCUAAGAAGACUUAUUCUGGAGGCUGUAACUUUUGGGUCGUUUUUGUGGGAUGUUGAGAGUUAUGUUGAUUCAAGGCACCGUUUUGUCCUUAACUAGGUCCUUAAUGGGCAGCCUUCUGCCUUAGGUUAUUUAAGACUUGUUCUCUACUAACUUGCCCUAUGUGACUAGUGUUUAUACAUAGAUUUGUGGAUUUGUGGUUUUCCUUGUCUUUGAAUUAUUGGAUGAAAUCUUGGUAUUUUUUUUAUAAAUACUUGGGUUAAUUCCUUAACGUAAUGAUGUGGAGAAACACUUGAGAUUAUAUGGAGUGAAAUAUACAAUACAUUAGGUCUUUCUUGGGGAUAAA